GUACUCUUUGACCUGUAUUUUGGCGGGAAGUCCGGUGAAGAAGAAAGUUGGACAUUUUUGUGCUCCAGAAGUGUUCAGAUUUAUCUCUCCAAAAUGCAGUUUUCAGGCAAGCGUACGAAGAAAAGUCGGCGGACGGUAACGCUGACAGGAGGGAGGAACGAGAGCCGAUACCAGCACAACCUCCAGUUCUACACGGUGCCUCCGAACGAGACGGUGUCGCUGGAAGAAUUUGAGACCUUCGCGAUAGAUCGACUCAAAGUCCUAAAAGCCGUGGAGAGUGCAGGGAUCAAGUACAUGAAGACCUCUGAGCAGUACACGCAAAAACUGGAGCAGGAGAUCAAGAAACUCAUGCCCAUUGCUGUCAGAAGGACUGAUGUGGAGGGAAGCAUGCAGGAUAAGGACUAUGAUGACAGGAGAAAGGACCACAUCUCCCACUUCAUCCUCAGACUGGCCUACUGUAAAUCUGAAGAGCUACGGCGCUGGUUCCUGAUCCAGGAGAUGGACCUGUUCCGCUUUCGCUUCGGGAACGAGAACACGGACACAAUUGGUCACUUUCUGAGGCAGAACGACUUAGACUAUCGCCCUAUCCCAGAGGAAGAGAAGAGGGCCUUGCGGGAUGACCUGAAGUCCUCGUCAUACGAGAUGAAGGGAGACAAGUUUGAGACCACCGACUUUUAUAAGGUGCCAUUUCAAGAAGCCCUUGACCUGGUGAGAGCACGGAAAGUGUACCUCAAGAAGGGUUAUGUGUACGUGCCCGGGAGUGAGCUGGUGUCCAUUAUCCUCAGUUCCUUCAGGGGAAACCUGUCCAAGGCCCUCGCAGUUACAGCUCGAGCUCUGCCCACCCUACAAGAAGAUGAGAGGCUGCUUAAAAGGCUUGCCAACCUUCAUACACAGUACCUAGGCCAGGACUACAGUAACAGGAAGGCUACAGCUGGGAAAGUGGCACCUGAAGAUAUUGAACCUCUGUCCAAGAAGUCGUUCCCCCUCUGUAUGCGGAACCUCCACGAGACGCUGCGGCAGGAGCACCACCUGCGGCACGGCGGGCGGAUGCAGUACGGACUGUUCCUGAAGGGCAUCGGCUUACAGCUGGAGGACGCGCUACGCUUCUGGAGGUCAGAGUUCACCAAGAUGAUGGAUGGAGACAAGUUUGACAAGUCCUACUCCUACAACAUCCGUCACAACUACGGGAAGGAGGGCAAGCGGACAGACUACACCCCGUACAGCUGCAUGAAGGUGAUCAUGACCAACGCGCCGGCGGCCGGCGACCACCACGGGUGUCCCUUCCGCCACACGGACCCUGAGCUGCUGAAACAGAGGCUGCAGGGGUACAGGGUCAACUCUGCCGGGGUACAGGAGAUCGUAGACUUGGUGAAGGGAGGACACUACCAGCUGGCCUGCACAAAGUAUUUCGAGAUUACACACAAUGUGGAUGACGCAGGGUUUGGACUGAACCAUCCCAACCAGUAUUUUGAGGAGAGUCAGAAGGUGUUGAACGGGGGCCACGCUCCCAAGACCACGCCCCACACGCCGAGCAUCCAGAGGCCCAAACCUAUCAAGAAGGAGAUGACUGCAGAGUUUGACGAUGACUUCCCCAUGGAUGAGGUGGAACACCUGCUGACAGCCUCACAAGACACCGCCGUCACUGAAGUGGCACCAGAGUAGUUUUCACACCAGAUAGAUGGAUUGUCAUUGUUAAUAGCAGUGUUCCAGCCAGCCUGAAUUUUUUUCCGUCAUCUCAAUUUUGUUUGGACC